UUUAGUUCCAAGUUCCAACUGACCACGCCGACGCCGCCUCCGACGCCUCCUACAAAAACGUCUACGGUGGAUCGCUGCCCACAGCACGGCGCUCGCCCUCUCACACCGGCUGCGCCACCGCUGCCCUGCAUACUUGCCUACUAUAAACCCUAACUAACUCCCGCCGCACCCGCUCGCCUUCCAUCGCACGCCACCACCGGUCACCGGAUGAAGGGCGCGUGGAGGCAGAGCGGCGUGGCGGCCGUGGCCGAACACCUCGGCCACCUCGGCGGAGCAGGGCUCGUCGGGCGAGCGCUGCCCGUCAGGCUCUGCCUCUACGGCCUCACGCUCACCUUCGCCGGAUUCGCGGUCUUCCUCUGCUUCGCGCCCUCCCUCAUCGUGCCCCCAGCCUCGUCGCCGGGCGUGGCGUGGUUCGACGACGGCCUGAUCGCCUCCGCGUCGCCGUACCGCGCGCAGGUCUCGGGCUUCCUCUCGUCCCUGUUUCCCGCCAUCUCCUCCUCCACGGUGCCUCCUGGUGGCGUCGCGGUGAGCUGUUCCCGAGGCAAUGGCUCCAGCGCGGUUCGGCGCGGCGAGCAGUUGGGAAGCGGAGGUGGAGCUCCGGUCAGCAGCAAGGAAGCGCCAGUUCCCGGGGAUGCUACUGCGACGGUGCUGAGCGGCGCGGCGCCCGUUGAUCAUGUGCAAGGCGGUGCCAAAGCCAAGCAUUCCGCCUGGAGUGCCGCUGCCGAGUCGAAGGGUGGGCCUGGACCUGGACUCGCGAGCGGCGGUUCAGCCCAGAAUGUCACGUCGGCGAAAGGAGGCGUGCCUGUUGGGAUCAACGGUUCCGACGACACGAACGCGAGUUCCGUGGAUGCCGGGGAUGGCAACGGGGUGAGACCGAGUGCAAGGUAUACUGCCGGCUCCACGCACCAGUUGGGAAGCGGAACUGCAGCUUUAGUCAAUGGUGCUACUGCUUCAUUCCUUAAUCAGACUGCGAGUGAAGUUGCAGCGGCCAUGGACGGCAAUGGAAGUGCAGCUGCAGUCAACAACCAGACCGUCCCAAUUCAGGCUCCUGCAGAUAGCAAGAGCCACAGUUCAGCUGCUUCAGAUGGCAGCAACAGUACUGCAGCCAAUAAGCAGAAUGAAUCGACCGCUAGUCCUCAGGGGAGCACUAGUCCGGUGAAAGAUCGAUCUGCACGAGGGGCCACCCCAACAGCCAGUGACAACGGUGAUGUGCCGGUGGAAGCAGAUGCUAAUGCCGGUUGGCGCAUGAAGGCUGAUUGGAUUGAGAACAUGGCCCGCUGCGACAUGUUCUACGGGAAUUGGGUCCGAGAUGACUCGUACCCUCUGUAUCCUGCGGGAUCAUGUCCUCACGUCGAUGAGUCCUUCAACUGCCACCUCAACGGCCGUCCUGACAAAGCUUACGAGAGGCUCCGGUGGCAACCUAGCGGAUGCAGAAUCCCAAGAUUGAACCCAACUGAUAUGUUGGAGAGGCUGAGGGGGAAGAGGCUGGUGUUUGUGGGUGAUUCGCUCAACAGGAACAUGUGGGAAUCCCUGAUUUGUAUCUUGAGGAAUUCUGUCAAAGACAAGAGUAAGGUUUUUGAGGUAUCCGGCAGGAGCCAAUUCAGGGCUGAGGGCUCCUACUCUUUCUUGUUCCAGGACUACAAUUGUAGUGUGGAGUUCUUCCGCUCCCCUUUCCUUGUUCAGGAAUGGGAGAUGCCAAUCAGCAACGGAAAGGGUACCCGGGAAACUCUCAGGCUUGACGUCAUCGAUCCAGCGUUCCCGAGGUACAAGAACGCAGAUAUCAUUAUCUUCAACACUGGUCACUGGUGGACGCAUGACAAAACUUCUCUAGGGAAAGAUUACUACCAAGAGGGCAACCGCGUGUACAGUGAGCUGGACGUCCACGAUGCCUUUCGGCGAGCUCUCAACACCUGGGCCAAGUGGGUUGAUUCCAGUGUAAACCCCAAGAAAACCACUGUGUUUUUCAGAGGCUACUCGGCAUCCCACUUCAGUGGAGGCCAAUGGAAUUCGGGCGGCAGUUGUGACAAGGAAACAGAUCCAAUAACGGAUGGCCAGUACCUCACGCCGUACCCAGAGAAGAUGAGCAUUCUGGAGGAGGUGCUCCGUGAGAUGAAAACGCCCGUCGUGUACCUGAACAUAACACGGAUGACCGACUACAGGAAGGAGGCCCACCCUUCGGCCUACCGCAAGCAGGAGCUGACUGAAGAGGAGAGGCAAUCGCCUGAGCUGUACCAGGACUGCAGCCACUGGUGCCUCCCUGGAGUACCGGACUCCUGGAACGAGCUUCUCUACGCACAGAUUUUGCUGAAGCAGCAACAUGCGAUGGCGAUGCAACAAUAAAAAGCAAGCGUGGACUUGUCCAGUUGUCCUUGUACAUGAAGUGUUGUAGUCAGACGACGGGGUGCAUAGGAUAAAAAAUCUACAUGGCUCGAUCAAAGGAAAGCUUAUAGUAUAAGUGAGAACAAGGAUUUUGGAAUCCUUGCAUAGAUAGUGCAUCAGAUGACAUAGGAUUAUAUGAUGUAAACUUCAUGACUCGUUAGCAAAAAAAUAAGAAGAAGAAAAAACCGAAUAGAUAGUGCAUCAGAUGACAUAGGAGAAUCUUCUUGUUUUGUGAGAGACUUUUGUCUGUCUGUAUAGUAAUAUAGUAUUCUGAAUUUAUAUUCGUAUACUUUCUGAAUAAUAUGGAGAGUUGUUGCACUUGG